AUGGUCGACGGAGUCUCUGACGAGGAUAGUCUUGUCGCAUGGGAGCUGUUCCUCUCAGCAUACAGCAAGGGGGAAUACUUGCAUUCAUGUCCAGAUAUUCCACCACUCCCUCCGCGUCUCCGCGAGAUGUUGGAGCAUCCGGAACUCGCGCAAUACGGCAAAGACAACCCUCACACACCCCUCUUCCCAUCCACAUAUAUCGACAGAGAGACGGCUCGGAUAGCUCGGGACUUUUUCUGCGCACAUGGAUAUCUCCCCCCUCCCCGCCCAACCACAGAAAAGAGCCGCGAAGCUUGCGUUCUCGAAUACGAUCUGCUGUCCGAAAGCCAGCUGACAAACAUACAAGAAGCCGUCGACAUCCUGAGUGGAUUCUUCCCCGGGGCUCUCAUCAGCUUCUCCCUCUUCUACAAGAGAGUGCAACAGUACUAUGCUUUCGCUGGUCCUCAGGAAUACAUUGAUCUCUUUUCACUAUGCAAAGGCGGCGCCAUCCCCGUUGAAGACAGUCUGUGUGCCCACGCCGUCUUGUCUGCUGGGAAAACGGUUUUCAUCCCUGAUGCGAAGAAGGACUGGAGAUAUCGAUACAAUCCAUAUGUCCUCAGAGGCAUGGAGGCAUACAUCGGCAGUCCAGUCCGCCUUUCUGAGGAUCCGACAAGGCCAGAGGCAGAGUUGAUAACCAUCGGAACGCUCAAUGUGUGCUUCAUGAAUAAGACGGUGGAACAAGUCCUGGGGAGAGAAGAGCAGGCUAUCUCGACACGUAGGAACAAGGGAAGGACGAGUAAGAACAGCGAUCGGAAAUUUUCUGGAAUGUAG